AUGAUAGUCAUGGCUCAGGAGAACUAUUCGGCAACACGCAACACGUCAUCAAAUCGCGCUAGGUUCUUAGAGGACCCUUAUACGCCUCGUGUUGUCAACAUUUUAGUAGCUCUUGAAACUUCGGACGCUAAAGAACGAUUUUAUUUACUAGUUGGUGUGAUCAUGAGUUCUCAAAUAACGUGUGUUGGUUGGGUGACGAGGGGGGUUUCUAAAGGAACACCAGAUAAAGUUGAAUUGAGCAAAGAGGAGCUGCAGCGCAUCAUAGCUGAGGCUAAGAAUGAAUUAAGGCAAGAUGAUGAUGAUGAGGAGGAGGAAGAAUGUUCGGUGAGUGAUCAAGAGAAGACAGAAAGUCGGUCAGCCUCAGAAAUGCCUGAUGCAGGUGAUGAAAAGCCAGCAGAUGAUCUUGCUGAGUACGAACUGGACAAAUAUGAUGAGGAAGAUCUUGAGGCUGCUAAUAUCGGGGACAGUCUGGCAGGUCUGACAGUGUUUGGCAGUAACGAAGAAGAUCCUUAUGUCACCAUUAAAGACACAGACCAGUAUGAACGAGAGGACUUCGAGAUCAAGCCUACUGAUAAUCUCAUUCUGGCUGGUAGGGCUGAAAAGGAUUGUUGCAAUCUUGAAGUUUAUGUGUAUAACUCUGAAGAGAACUCUCUCUAUGUCCACCAUGACAUCCUCCUGCCUGCUUAUCCGCUGAGUGUCGAGUGGCUGAACUUUGACCCAAGCCCUGAGGAAGGCACAGGGAAUUAUGCAGCCAUAGGAAACAUGACUCCAGUUAUUGACGUGUGGGAUCUGGACGUGGUUGAUAGCUUAGAGCCUGUGUUUUCUCUGGGAAGCAGUAAGAAGACCAAGAAAAAGAAGAAGAAGAAGAAUGCUGCAGAAGCUAUAGAGGGCCACACUGAUGCUGUAUUGGAUUUGUCAUGGAACGCGAUGGUUAGGAAUGUUUUGGGAAGUGCUUCUGCUGAUGAGACUGUGGUUCUUUGGGACCUCGUGCAAGGAAAACCGGCGACGACACUAAGACGUCACACUGAUAAGGUCCAGACUCUAAAGUUUCACCCAUUUGAGGCACAGACUCUAAUCACUGGGUCUUAUGAUAAGUCAGCUAUCCUGUAUGACUGUCGCAAUCCAGAAUCCAGCAAUCGUGUCUGGCGUUUCAGCGGUCAGGUGGAACGACUGGUGUGGAAUCACUUCUCUCCCUGCAACUUCCUUGCAAGUACAGAGGAUGGCUUUGUUUACUGUUUAGAUGCCAGAUCAGACAAGCUGGUCUUCACUCUGAGGGCACAUGAUGGAGAGGUGUCAGGUAUGAACCUGAGCAGUCAAGUAAGCGGCUGUCUGGUUACCAGUUCUGCUGACAAACACGUGAAGAUCUGGGAUAUUCUCGGAAACAAACCCAAGCUCAUUCACUCCAGAGACAUGAAAAUGGGAGUGCUGUUUUGUGAAGCUUGCUGUCCUGACAUGCCAUUCGUUUAUGCAUUUGGAGGACAGAAGGAUGGGUUGCGAGUUUGGGACAUUAGCGAUGUAGCUGCAGUGGCGGAGGCUUUCGGCAGUCGGGAACGUUUGGUUGCCAGCACAGUGUCGGGCUCCAGCAGCAGCAUGGUUGACAUGGAGGUCUCUUAAUGGUACAGCUAGAGACUAUAUGCGACCAAAGAACUUAUUUUUGAAAUGCAAAGUAAGCAAAUUCUGCUUAAUGAAAAACAAAUCAGUAUAUACAUAUUUGGCAUAGAAGAUGAAUUAACAUACAGUUAUUAUUAAAAUAUCUGUACACUUCUGUGAUUAAAUCAUUAAACAAAUGUUUAAUCCUGAA